AUGGCCCUCGAGGCGUGCCACCCCUGUCUCGUGCUCAAUGCCAAGCGGCUUGUCGAAUCGCAAGGAUACAGGGCGAUAUCCGGCUUCCCGGGGGAAGGGAAUGUCUCAGGGGUCAUGCUGCCAGGCACGAAGCGCCGGUUGAUGGAGCCACAGAUUGCGGGAAGCCGCCAUGUGCCCAAGAUGCAUCCCAUUGAUCGGACCUACUUGGAUUGGUUGGGGCCACAUCAGCUGCGAUGUCUUAAAGGCGCAUAUGCAUGUCUGGAGCUUAUCGUGAUUGGCGACUGGCUGGAGAUAGUCCCUACAACGUGGUAUUUCGACUAUCUGCCGCUCUCUGCUGGAAUUUGCGACUGCGGGCGUGAUCCUGCCAUAGUCUACGAUUUCCAUAUCGCGCCGAGGAGGUACAUGUCGUUGGAGUUUGCCGUUUUGGGAAGGUACACAAUGCUGAGCUUUCGCGUCAUGUUACUGCAAUACUACUACGAGGACAGGCACCUUGAAUGCCCUGUUGAGGCUGACAAGGAGAUGAUCGGCACGAACCCGAACGCUUUGAGAGAGCAUGGCAGAGAUCACGCAAAGGUACGAAAUGAAACACUCGCAGCUGACAUCCGCUGUUGUGACCUACCCAAUGGGGAAUCGUCGUUGCUGAAUGGGCCGCUGGGCGGGGCGCUCAAUAGCUCCUGGGCAACCCUGUAA